AUGGCGUGCCAGCAGUGGCCCUUACCAGAGCCCCACAAGGGGUGGCUGUUAAAGUCGGACCUGAGGAAGAAGGCGCUCAUAGAGUCGGGGCUGAUCAAGCCGUGGCAGUCAGGGCCGAAGCUGGACAAGAAGCCGGAGCCCAGCAAGAAGUGGCUGCUAGGGCCGGGGCCACUGGAGCCCUUGCCUCUGGGCAUGAAAUGUAAGCCCUGGUUCAAGGACAGGGACAGGUUGCCUUCCCGCUAUCUCUCCAGGCAGAACAACAAGCUUGGGAAGUGCCCCACCUCCAUGGACAGCCGGCGGUGGGUAUUUGUGAAGGAGGGACUGGACGACUUCAGAACGGGCUGUCCAUCUCCUGAAGAUGUGAUCACUCGUGGCCCUCGGGAGGGCUUUCUCCCCAUGAUUUCUCAGAGAAUUCCCCCUCCCGAGGCAGUCCACCCCGAAUCUCCCUGGAAGCUCAACCUGGAACCUCCCGAGGAGGUCAACCUGGAACCUGAAGACCAAGCCCACGUGGAAACGGCCAAGGAGAGUCUCCAGUCUUAUUUAUUCAGUUUGUUUCCUGAGGAAGAGACAAAUGCAGCAUGCACAACGGAUAUCCCCAAAGUUCCUGGGCUCCAAAAAGCAAGAAGAAGAGUUCGUGAAUUCUUCAGAUGGAUCAAUGAUAAUUUUGGAGACAUAGGCCUUGAUGAAGAGGACAUCAUGAAACAGUUUGAAAUUGACUUAGAGGUCCCACUCACCCAUAAUACAGUCAAAAUAAAGAAAAUAAGCCAGCUUCCUUUGAAUAUAAAGCCCUGCAAACAGCUAGAUGACAUACAGCAGAGAAAAUUCUCCCUGCAGGAAGGUAACUGGGAAAGGAAACUCCGCAAACAACAAGACCCUUAUAAACCCAAACGGGAGAAGAUAAGGUAUGGAGCAUGGUACCUGGACCCCAAAUGCUGGAAAAAGCUGGUCAAUGAGCAGCCUUUGCCCGACCCUAAAGUCGUCCCUGACAAGGAGCAUCAGACCUAUGGAAGGCAUCUAGAACCAGACAUUAUUGAUGAACUUUAUGGACCAAUUGCCUUCAAAGAUUUCAUUGUAAGCAAGGGCUACAGGAUGCCAGGUGUGAUUGAGAAGAUGUUUAUGAGGAAGGGAUGGACAUAUGAGUCUGUGAAGACGCCUAUACACCGAGUAAUGAAACUCCUCUCCAAACCCAAAGAGGAGGAUUCAGGGGACAAAGAGGAUUAG